AUUCGCACUAUGAUGAACUUCAUCUUGACAACAGCUUUAAUUAUCUGCAGCAUCAGCUGGAUCUCUGUCUCAGUUUCUGAGUCUCAGACUGUGAAGGUCCAGCCUGGUCAAGAAGUCACACUGUCGAGUAAUAUCAUUUCCAAACAUUCAGGCAUGACAACCUGGUUCAGAGUGGUCAACAGAACCAAGGCCAGCUGUAUCUCCACUAUGGCCGCCUCUGGCAGCAAUCCUAAAUACUGUGAUGGAUUUAAAAGUGGAACAUUUGAAAUGAGCUCCAACACCUCCACUGUCUUUCUCAAAAUUAAGACAGUGAAUCUUUCUGACUCUGGGCUGUAUUUGUGUGGAUUUUACAUAGAGGGACAGACAAUUUUAAGUGUGAUACAUUUAAAUGUUGAAGGCAGUGAUGAAUCUCAUGAUGACGUUGACAAAAAGUCCACAAGCAGUGAUGAAUCUCAUGGUGACGCUGACAGAAAGUCUACAAGUAAGAUUCUCUUUAAGAUUUCUUUCAUUGUGCAGAUAGUCGAUAAAAACAGUACAGCUAACUUAACAUUUGUCAAUUUAAUGUUUGUAUUUCUCAAGCUACUAAAGAGAUACAGUCUAAUUAUAUUAUCUUUCUUUUAGCAGAGUGUGAUAAAAUACCAAAGCUGAUGAGUGGGAUCCUGGGCGGCCUGACUGUUUUCCUCAUAAUGGUCAUCAUCUGUCUGGUUGUUAAAAACAGGAAAAAGAA